AUGCGCCUCCUCAUUCUUGGUGGAACAGGCUCCUCAGGUAUUCUUCUCAUUCGCCAGGCGCUCGCAGUAGCGCCGUCUCCCUUCGUCGUCGUCUACGCUCGCAACCCAUCAAAGCUGCCGACUGACUUGUCCUCCAGUUCAUCAGUCAAAGUCAUUCAAGGGCAGCUUGAUGACGCCGAAAAGCUAUCUCAAGCCAUGGAGGGCGUCGAUGCCGUCCUAUCAGCGCUCGGUCCCAUCCAGGGCCAACCCGCAGAUAAACCGUUGACGCAUACGCCUGUCGCGAAAGCAUAUGAGCGAAUCAUUGACCUGAUGCACUUCCACGGCGUUAAGCGUCUCAUUGCCCUCGGAACACCCUCCAUGUCAGACCCGCGCGACAAAUUUAGCUUGGCAUGGUCCAUCAUGAUUGGUGGCGUUGCAACGCUCGCACAUACAAGCUAUCGGGAUGUCGUUGAAACCGGAAAGACCAUACGUUCGAAGGGUGCUGACUUGGAUUGGACAAUUGUCAGGGUUCCCAGGAUGACGAACAAGGAUCAGAAGGAGGUGGUUGCUGGUUAUGUUGGGGAUGGGAAAACAGGAUUUUCGCUAUCAAGAGCAGGGUUCGCUACAUUUAUUGUGAAGGAGCUUUGUGCCAGCAGGCCUCAGUGGGUCAAGGCGGCACCACUAAUAUCUUCGUGA